UGGACCUACCCUGACUGGAUGGCUAUGUUGGGAUUAGGGUACAAGUGUUGCUCCCUCAGCUCUGUGUCCAGUCCCUGACUGUUUUCUACCAGCAAGAGGCCAUCCCCCUUCCCAGUCCCUAGUUUUCUUUUCUGGCCGCAAGUGAAACAGCUGCUGAGCCAACUCUCCGUUUUGGGAAGUCAGACGACCUUUUCCCUCUCCCACUGGCUGCCUGUUCCUGCCGGAAGCUGGACACCAUGGGCUCACUGAUGGCCCUGCUCUGCCUGCUGCUCCUGUUUCCAGGCUUGGCUGCAGCUGCGCCCUCCUGCCCUCAAAAUGUGAAAAUCUCCGGAGGCAGUUUCACCGUCAGCCAUGGCUGGGACCCUGGGAGUGUCCUCAUCUACUCUUGCCCGCCUGGCCGUUACCCAUCCCCGGCAUACAGACUGUGCUUGAACAACGGACGGUGGCAGACCCCGGGAUCCGCCCCAGGGACAAAGGCAGUCUGCAAACCUGUUCGCUGUCCAGCCCCUGUUUCCUUUGAGAAUGGCAUGUAUACCCCACGGCUGGGGUCCCACCCCGUGGGUGCCAACCUGAGCUUCGAGUGUGAGGAUGGCUUCGUGCUUCGGGGCUCACCCGUGAGGCAGUGUCGCCCCAAUGGCAUGUGGGAUGGGGAGACGGCCGUGUGUGACAAUGGCGCUGGUCACUGCCCCAACCCGGGCAUUUCGGUGGGCUCGGUGCGGACAGGGUCCCGAUUUGGCCUUGGGGACAAGGUCAGCUACCGCUGCUCCUCGAACCUGGUGCUGACAGGGUCUGCAGAGCGGGAAUGCCAGGGCAGUGGGGUCUGGAGUGGAACAGAGCCCAUUUGCCGCCAACCCUACUCUUAUGACUUCCCUGAGGACGUGGCCCCUGUCCUGGGCACCUCCUUGUCCCACCUGCUUGGAUCCACCAAUCCAACCCAGAAGAAGAAGGAAAACGUGGGCCGAAAAAUCCAAAUCCAGCGAUCUGGUCACCUGAACCUCUACUUGCUCCUGGAUGCCUCUCAGAGUGUGAAGGAAGAAGACUUCAGUAUCUUCAAGAACAGCACCACGAUCAUGGUGGACAGGAUCUUUAGCUUUGAGAUCAAUGUGAGUGUCGCCAUCAUCACUUUUGCAUCAAAGCCCAAAAUCAUCAUGUCUGUUCUGCACGACAGCUCCCGGGAUGCGACCGAAGUGAUCUACUAUCUGGAAAACAUCAGCUAUAAAGAUCAUGAAAAUGGAACCGGGACCAACAUCUACGAGGCCCUAAAUAGUGUCUAUAUUAUGAUGAAUAACCAAAUGCAACGCCUCGGCAUGAACACGGUGGCCUGGCAGGAAAUCCGGCACGUCAUCAUCCUUCUGACAGAUGGAAAGUCCAAUAUGGGGGGCUCUCCCAAACGAGCUGUUGACGAUAUCAAAGAGAUCUUGAACAUCAACCAGAAGAGGAACGACUAUCUAGACAUCUACGCCAUUGGGGUGGGCAAGCUGGAUGUGGACUGGAGAGAACUGAAUCAGCUGGGGUCCAAGAAGGACGGCGAGAGGCAUGCCUUCAUUCUGCAGGACACAAAGGCUCUGUACCAGGUCUUUGAGCACAUGCUGGAUGUCUCUCAGCUCACAGACACCAUAUGUGGGGUGGGGAACAUGUCAGCUAAUGCUUCUGCCCAGGAAAGGACACCCUGGCAUGUCACUAUCAAGCCCAGGAGCCUACAAACCUGCCGGGGAUCCCUCAUCUCAGACCAGUGGGUCCUGACAGCUGCUCACUGCUUCCGCAGUGACGACAAGGACCAUUCCCUGUGGAGGGUCAACGUGGGGGAUCCCAACACCCAUUUGGGCAAAGACUUCGAAAUUGAGAGUGUGGUGAUUUCCUCGGGGUUCAACGUCUAUGCCAAGAAACAUCAGGGAAUCCUGGAGUUCUACGGUGAUGACAUUGCCCUGUUGAAGCUGGCCCAGAAAGUAAAGAUGUCCACCCAUGCCAGGCCCAUCUGCCUUCCCUGUACGCUAGAGGCCAAUCUGGCUCUGCGGAAACCCCCAGGCAGCACCUGCCGAGAUCAUGAGAGCUUACUUCUGAACACAGUGAGUGUUCCUGCUCAUUUUGUGGCCUUGAAUGGGGACAAACUGAACGUUAACCUCAAGACAGGGACAGAGUGGACAAGCUGUAUUGAUGUCGUCUCCCAAGAAAAAAACAUGUUCCCCAACUUAACAGACGUCGGGGAAGUGGUGACAGACCAGUUCCUAUGCAGUGGGACUGGGGAAGAUGACAAUCCCUGCAAGGGAGAAUCUGGGGGAGCAGUUUUCCUUGAACGGAAAUACAGGAUUUUUCAGGUGGGCCUGGUGAGCUGGGGCCUCUACAACCCCUGUGGCAACUCUGAUAAAAACUCCCGCAAGAGAGCCCCCACAGGCAAGGUCCCACCGCCUCGUGACUUCCACAUCAAUCUCUUCCGCUUGCAGCCCUGGCUGAGGCAGCACCUGGAAGGCGUCCUGAAUUUUUUGCCCCUCUAAUCAUGCCCACUGACCCCUUUGCUGUCCUGCAGAACCUGCCAUCUCUCCCAUGUCCUACCUCUAAAUUUCUGCCUUCGUACCCCAUGACCCAUUAGUCCAGCCUCCAGGAUCCUGGGACAGUGCCUGGUCCACCCUCUGCUUUAUGUGACUCACUCUCCUUUCACUUUCAUGUGGAAUUUCCCAGUUAUGAAAUUAAUAAAAAUCAGUGAUUUCCACA